AUGGCACCUUGCAAAGAGCAGAAACCGGAGAAUUCAUAUGAAGAAAAAUUGCAACAGUCGAGAAAGAAUAGGCGUUGGACAGCUAUAUACGGAGUUGCCGAACCUUAUCGAAAGACAAUCAUGCUGAAUUCGAAUCGAAGCAGCAACCGUAACAACAGCUACUGA